AUGUCAGAUGCUGUUAAUUUUCAUUUUAUUUAUACACAACACUCACCACAUACAGUCAAUAAUCAUAUUCGAAAACAGCAAUCUACUAGUAAACUUAUCAAUACAUGUCUUUCGACAGCUGCUCAAUAUCUUAAUCGAACUAAAAGUUUUCAUGUACCAUCGAAUUCAACAAUUAUAAAUAACAAAAAUUCUCAUCAACAAGAUUGUUUAACAAAUAAUCUUGAUUUAGCACGAUCUGUACCUUCAAAUAUCAAUAAUCUUAAUCAACCAUUAACUAUUCAUAGUCUUCCAAUAACACCAAUAAUGCAUCAUGAACAUCGAUUUCAACCAAUUUCAUCUGAAAUAAAUAUAAAUGAAAAUAAUAAAACACAAGGUAUUGUAUAUACUUUACGUCGUUCAUUAAAAAAAAAUAAAGAACGAUUUUAUAAUAAACGAUCAACAACAAUGAAAUCAUGUAAUUCGUUAAUUAAUUAUGAACAAUCAACAAAUAUUCAACCAGAAAUAUCAAUGACACCAAUAUUAUCUUUUCGUCAUCAAUAUUUAGAAAAUAAUACUGAUUCAUGUUCAACAAUAACAAUGAAAAAUGAUAGUUCGACAGUUUUAACUGAUGAUAUUAAUAAUGAUGAUGAAUCGGAAAAUAAUGAUCAAAUAUCUCCACUUCAACCAUUAGGUUUGAAUGGACGAAAUCGAAUACCUACUAAAAGUCCUAUAUCUCCAUCAUCAUCAUCAUCACCCAUUGUUCAACAUCAACAACAAACAGUUAAUUUACCUCCAGCAUCAUCAUUACAAUCAAUUCCACCACCAAUAACAAACGUUACAAAUUUCACUUCAAUAGAAAAUGUUCAACAACAACAACAGCAACAAAUAACAAAUGCUGAUUAUGAUGAAAAAGAACGAUUAAAAAAUGAUUUAAUACAAUUAAAAAAUGAAUUACAAAAGUCCAAAGAAACAAUUGCACGUUUACAAAAAAGUGAAGAACAAAUGCGUGAAAGAUUAGCAGAACAAGCCCAACGACAAUUAGAAAAAGGUGGUAAAUUUGAAGAUCUAAAUCAAGUAUCUCGUCCAACUGAAUUAAUUCGUUCAUAUAGCUCACUUUAUUCUCAAGCUCGUAUUGAUGCUCUUGAUGCAUUAGAUAAUAUACGUGAAAUGUCUGAUGCAGAUGAUCUUAAAUCAAAAUUAUUAUUUUCCGUUGUUGUCCUUGCUUUUCGUCAUGCACAAAAUCAAGCAAAAGAUAUACGGAAUAAAAUUAAACAAAUUCUACAAUUAAGUAACGAUAAAAGUUCAAUUGUACUUGAAGAAACAAUUGAAAAAUAUUUAAGAACUACAAUACAAAAAUAUGAUGUCGGAAAAAUAACUUUUGAAGUCGAAAAUCAGUUAUGGACUACUUUAUAUGAUUAUCCAAAAUUGAAGUCUUGUAAUGAACUACUCAAAUAUAUUUAUUCAGCAUGUCGAACUGCAUGGGGUCUUGUUAAUCAAACACCUCCGUAUUAUAUUGAAUUUCAAAUAACAAAAUAUGAUAAACAAAUUCAUGAACGUUUUCAUACAUCGGAUAAUGAAAGUGAAACAAUUGUUGAAUAUAUAUGGCCAUGUUUAAUUGAUGGACGUGAUCGAACAUGCGUAGCAAAAGGUGUUGUUAUAACUGAUGAACAAUAUUUAUUAAUACCAAAAAAUCAAUCAUCCUAG